UAAUCCGCGAGCGGAGAGAGAGGGAGAAAUGAGGUCUGAGAAGGACCAGAUGACUGCGGGGAAGGACAAAUGUCUCGUUGAGAUACAGUUUAUGGAUAUCCUGAGAGAGCAGGACAAUCUUCCUGGUAACACCAAGCAGAAAGAAGAGAAGAAAGAAGUAUUUACAAAGGUGGUGAUUCGGAGGCUCCCACCUAACCUGUCAAAGGACCAGCUAGAAGAACAACUGAGUCCACUUCCUUCUUAUGAUUACUUUGAGUUCUUUCCAGCAGACCAAAGUCUCUACCCCCACCUGUUCUCCAGAGCAUAUAUCAGUUUCAAACAUGAAGAAGACAUCCUGUUGUUCAGGGACAGAUUUGACGGAUAUGUCUUCAUUGACAGCAAGGGCCAAGAGUAUCCUGCUGUGGUAGAAUUUGCCCCCUUUCAGAAGAUUUCAAAAAAGAAGCUGAAGAAGAAAGAUGCCAAAGUUGGAAGCAUAGAAGAAGAUCCAGAAUACAAGCGAUUCUUGGAGAAUUACUCCUGUGAUGAGGAAAAGUCUAUGGCCAACCCUGAAACGUUGCUGGGGGAGAUUGAAGCUAAGACCAGAGAGCUCAUAGCCAGACGGACAACACCUCUGCUGGAAUACAUCAAAAAUAAGAAAAUUGAAAAACAGAGGAUAAGAGAAGAGAAGAGAGAGGAGAGGAGAAGAAGAGAGCUUGAAAAGAAAAGGCAACGGGAGGAAGAGAAACGAAAGCGCAGAGAGGAGGAGAGACGCAAGCGAAAAGAAGCCGAGAAGCAGAAGAAACUGUCAGAUAAAGACAUUAAAAUUAAGCUUCUGAAGAAGAGCGACAAAGAUGAGGAUGCUGAUUCAGACCGAAUGAAGGACAAAAGUGAUGCAGGAGAACCAGACUGGGGCAAAUGGGAGAAAGCUGGAGGACACAUAAAGUCAAAAGAACCCAAGGAGAACAGAGGCCAGCCUGAGAGUGACAGUGAGCAUCAAGAGCAGCAGCAGCAGCAUGGGCGCAGACAGAGGGAAAAAGAUCACCGUGGAAAAGAUGAAGAAAGGAAACGACAACGGCACCACUACGAGUUUGACAAGUUCAUGCGGCGGAAAGAUGAGACCAAAUGGGGGAAAGGAUACUGCCAGGACCGAGCCAAGAAAGAAGGGCAUCAUCACAACUACUCUUACUGUCCUGACAGUGGAGAGAAAAUGGGAAAGGAAGACAGGGAAGAGCUGAGUAACAGGAAGGAACGCCUCCGAAACAAGGUGAGCGAGAAGGACCGUCCCACCAUGCAGCUCUAUCAGCCAGGAGCGCGCAGCAGGAAGCGCAUGAGUUCAGCCAGUAAAGGCUACGACUGUGUCCCUGCAGUCCACUCACCUGAUUGCAGAACAGAGCACUGUUAUGAGGUUGUCUCCAUGACAACAGGGCUGGAGAGGGGGUUUGAGAAAAGCAAAGAUGAGCAGUGAGUAGUCAAACGGGGAAGUAAAAACGUAAAUAAAUCUUUUGGUGUGUCAAGUUAAGUUGAUAGUCACUGGUUUGUCUGGGUUAACUGGUUUUUCACUUCCUUUUUACAGAGUGGGACUGAAAUUUUAAAUGUAUGCAAUUGUGACUCGUUAGCUAUCAGUCUAAUAAACACUUGAUGUGAUUUGGGUGGAGUUUUUGAAACGUGAAUCUGGUACCGCUUACAAUUUACUGACAAAACAGUGACCUUAUUAUAUGUUUGUGAGCUUAUUUUAAAAUCUGUGUACAGUCUUUCAAAUCUUUUAUCAUUUAGAUUUUUCUUGUAUUUAAAAACUUGUUGGUGGGAGUUGCUAAAACUUAUGUAAACAAUGUACUAGAAAAGCAUAUAUAAUGUGUACAAAUGGAUUAAUAUGGAAUAAUUUUACAUCAAGUUUUUGAGCUUUUUGUGAGUUGGCUUUGUACACGAUCAGUUAUAAGCUUGUAAAAAACUAAUCAGAAUUAAUACAUAAGAUUAAAAAAAUGACAGAGU